UGAAACGCACUGGAGGAGCAGGAGUCAUUACCACACAACAACAACAACAAAAACCAAGACGAUGAGCUUCUGAGAUUUCGUAACUUCAUUCAGUAUCCUGCUCUCAUCUCGCGUGCCAACACACACGGCCUGCUCUGUCUCAGUCGCACACUCGCAAAGACAUCGCUGGACAUCAACACAACACGCGACAUCCAGAUCCAGAUCUAGUCGGCCUCGACCGCCACAACCACUACCACUUCCACCGGAGUCACUGCCAAGAGUGCAUGGCCUGCUGCUGCUUCGCCAAGAAGAAGAUCACGGUGGCCGAAAAAUUUUAAUGGGUACUUACCUCGCGUGCCAUCACCAGCAAUCGUCAGUCGUGUAUUGAUUUUCGCAGCGAACGGACGUGUGUCAACUUGGGGACUCAGCUCAGCUCAGCUCAAAGCGCGCGUGUUCGGCAAGAUCAGCCGCAGUACAACCUAGAACCAAAGCCAAGUGUAUUUAGAGUGUGUGAGUGUUUUAAGGAAAAGUAAUUGUUACAUUUAAACCAAAGUUUUCAAACGAAACCAAGAGGCACGGCCCAUAGUUCCUGACAUCCAGAGUUAAGCCGCAAGCUAAGGCGGUAACUUGUAGUAGAACACAUCGAGUAGAUAAGUGCGGAUUAAGUGUGAGUGUGAUUAAGCCCGCAAGGAUUAACUACCCAAAACUAGUGUGUGUAACCUUAAACGAAUCAACCUAGUGUCAAGGUGUACUACUUGAUGUGCGCGAGAAGCCGAUCAAGUUAAAGAACUUCAAACCUUCGGUGAUCCAAGCAGGCAAUGGCAUUGUCAUUGCUGCAGGAAGCGCAAACAGCAAGAGGAUUAGCCGUCGCUCGUAGUCUGCAAGGAAUGAAGCGUGAAGAGGAGCGCAGCAUGUCGGUGUCCCCGCCGUUGACCGGCGUCCAGCACCAGCACCAGUUGGGCAUGAACAUGGGCCAUAGUCCGACCAUCUUCGGAGGGUACAACCCAGCGUCGGCGGCGUCCGCCAUGGGCAUGUUGGCGCCACAGUUUUUGGCCAACCAGCAGGCCGCGGCAGCUCUGAUGGCCGCCGGCUUUCCAAUGUCCUUGAGGAACCUGCUGCCACCCCAUCCAGCGCUGUACGGAGCGUGGGCACCUCCGACGCCAAACAGUGACAACAACAGUCCUCCCCCACCCCAGAGUCCAAUCUCGGCCACCGGACUGAACCACAAGAUCAAAUCCCUCAAGCUGAACACUAACAAUAACCACAUCGUGUCCACGACCUCGGAGAUCCUGCCCCAGCAGAAGAAGGUGACCAAGCGGAAACAGCAGCACAAAGUAGACCCUUCGCAGAUGUUCCAGCACGGUCUCACGAUGCCGCUGGAUAUCCCGAACAUGGACAUGGUCAGCCCCGGACCCAUCUCGCCACCUACCUCCGGCUCGUCGCCCCAAUCCAACGGCAGCGUCGAAAUGGCCCAAACCAUCUCUACCUCCUCGCAGCGGGACCCCUCCCGGGAUAAGGUCUUCACCUGCAAGAUCUGCAACCGCUCGUUCGGCUACAAGCACGUCCUCCAGAACCACGAACGGACCCACACUGGCGAAAAGCCCUUCGAAUGUCCCGAGUGCCACAAGCGGUUCACCCGUGACCACCACCUCAAAACUCACAUGCGGUUACACACCGGCGAGAAGCCCUACUCCUGCACCCACUGCGAUCGCCAGUUCGUCCAAGUUGCCAACCUCCGCCGACAUCUGCGGGUUCACACCGGCGAAAAGCCCUACGAAUGUGACAUGUGCGACCUCAAGUUCAGCGACUCCAACCAACUGAAGGCGCACACCCUCAGCCACCAAGGCCAGCGGCCAUUCCGCUGCGAACGGUGCAACUCCACGUACCGCAAGCGGCACCACUUCCUGCACCACAAGUGUGGCAAGGCCAGCCCACCAACGCCCGCCAUCAGUCCGUCAACCUCCAUGUGCGACCAACGGUCCGGCUGUUCCGAAAUGUCCGACCUCUCCAUGGACCUCAAAUCCCCCACCAUGCUGCACCAAAAGUACCCCGGCCUGACCCUCCCCCUGGACUUCAGUCCCUCGGAACCCACCGCCCUCCACCACCAAUCCGCCAUGGACCUCCGCUCCAUCCGGACGCCCCAGCAAAUCACCCACAUCAAAUCCGAACUGCCGGAGCAAACCGAACCGGAAGACCUGAGCAUGCAUUCGCCCCGCUCGCCCGUCACCGUCGAAGAGCUGGACGAACUGGACGAUGCCGCCUCCCUCUACCAGAAGCAACGCCAGCAAAAGCUUGCCCUGGCCGCCGCCGCAGCCGUCGCCCAGCGUCACGGUAUGGAAUCCUAAAUACCCCCUCAAAAUCCCACCCCCUAGUUGUUGAACGAUACCAAAUAAUCUAAGAAUGCCAAGAACGAGUAGCUUAAUUAAGUGAAAAAGCCAUAUAUAUGAAGCAUAUAUUUAAAUCAAAGAAAAAACUAUAAACAAAACUAUAAAAUAAUCAAAAAACUAGCAAUUGUAAUAGUCGUGUCUACUUGGAAAAGAAAAAAAAAACAAAACGAGCUGUCAAAACUUGCCGCCAUCAUGUGAUCCCACCCUUUUGUAAAUAUCGUGAAGCUGUACAUAGAGCCCGCAGUGUAACUGACCGAGACAAGAUGGCGGUCGGUUGAGCUCCCCAAAAAAACAGCGAACGCGUGUACAAAACACAGUGCGGGUCAUUCUGCGUAUUCAAUUCAGGGAAUUUUUAAAACAAGUGUGUGUAAAGAGCAACUUUUUUUACUUUUUUAAUUCCGUCACUGUUUAUGAUUUCCGAACUUGUCUGAACUUGGUGCAGAUGUAGCGAAAAAAAAAACAAAAAAGUAUGGUAUACAAGUUCCUCCCAACACAAUAGCUGACAUAACUACAACAAUGAAACGUUCUGGAAACGGGUGCACGAAAUGGAACUGACGCUUUUCGAUCACUCGCGUGAUCGUUUUGGGUGUAGCAAAACGCGAAACGAUUGUUAUUUUAAUUUUUAACUGGAAAAAAAGUGUGCAGGGAACGCCGUUGAUUUUAAGUGUUUCUAGGUUCGUCUCGUCUAUAAGUAUUGGUUGUUUAUUUGUCCUUUUUUAUAAUUUUACUCGGAAUCUCGUAGAAAAGAAACAUUACAGAAGAAUUUCGAAAAUUUUAGUUCUGUAAGAAGCUAGCGACUAGUGUGGAUCGAACAAACUGAAGCAGCGAAAAUCAAAAUUUAACGUGUAAGGACUUUUAGGUUAGGUUCUUUCUGGCGUGGAAAGUAAAACGGUGACUAUUCAGCAAAUUGUAUAAUUUUAUUAUCAUUUCAUUGUGUAGGUGAAAGUUAUUCAAAAUAAAAUAUUUAAAUUUAUUAUAAUCGAGCAAGUUUUGUUUCACUUAUGAUUUCGUACUUUUUGAGUUGAUUAUAUCACACUUGGUUCCAUUAUGAUUUCGUUUCGUUGAGUUUGUGCUAAGAAAAGAUUUCCAGUAGAUUUCACCUUAACGCAAAAUCCCCACUUGAGGCCACUAAACAUCCACUUGAUCCGGAUCUGAAAAAACCCCAUUUCAAUCACCGAAAAGCUGUAAUCAUUCACAUAUCCUUUGUCCGUUUCUUGGACUGGGAUCAAACUUGGACACACGCAACUAAACCGGUAUUACCGGUCCUGGGACUGUCACCAACAGAAAGCCUCCCCUCGAGGAAUCAGAGCCCGACCCCCGCAUCGAUUCCGAUUUCCGGUCAGGUCACACAAAACUAUCCUUUUCAUUCGGCAAAACAUCCUUUCACCACCAGGUCCAUCAUCUUCAUCGUCACUCCAUCUAAAACGCAUUGAUUCGUCGUGUUUUACAUAUGGCACAAGAACCUUCUUCAACCCCCUCUUUUUAUUCGUCUUGGGAUUCUGUCCGCAUUUGGGAAAGUUCGUCACAAUCAUCCCAAGGACAUACGUAAGGAAAAGAGGAAUUUGUCCCCCGAAGGCAAAGGGACUGCUCGACAUACUCGAUGGGCAAGGAUUCGCAAAUUUCCACUCCAUUGUGUGUGCGGACGGAUUCCGGCAAUGUUCUAUACCAAAGCGACCUUUCCGCUCCUUUGAGUUCUUAUCCAACUGUUGAGCGGAGCCGGGCAGAGUCGAACCUAAAAAAACAGGUCAAAAUCCGACCCCAGCCCUGAAUCCGGCCCUGCCGGCGGCAGUCCUCCAAGAUAAGUGUGAUUCAAUAACAGCAAUAUAAAAUAACAAUUUAUUGAUAUCAAUCCUUUUCUUGGGUUCACCCUUUUUUCAUCCUCUUCUCGAUGCGUGUAAACGAGAUCUUUACACGCCAACGAAAAAAAAGGGUCACGGCUUGAUGUGGGUUCACACCAGCUCUCAAUAUGCGGCGACGGAGUGGAUUCAGGGCCCGGAUGGCCAUAAUUUACUCCGGUCAAGAGUUAAUGUAUGGACAUCCCGACCGGAGCCGAUAAAGGAUUGUGUACGACUCCGAGGAAGGGUUUGCGAAAAAGGGGUCGAUUUGGAAGCAAUUAAGAAGCGAUAAAAAUAUUUAGGGAUUUGCAGAGAUUGCUGGACGGACAUCCCUCAAUCCCUGCAGGGAUUGUGAUUUGAAUGAUGCAAUGAAAUCACUCAACACGCCUUCGGCGGCAGUGAUUUCAGGUUGCUUGAUUGACAGAUUGACUGUUUGACAGAUUGACAGAAUACUUACCCGGAUGUUACGCUGCUACACAGCAACUCUGGAACUACGUUUCACGAUCUCAAAACUACACUUUGUACUUACCCAGUCGAAUCGUUGCUUUAAACUGCCCCAGUACCUGAAAGUUGACGUCCGUACUUGAGAUCAACGUCGCACAUUUUUCAGCCUACUUCGAUUACACUCUGAACCAGUUCCCUUUAUGCUGCCUUUUCGUGCCCAGAACAACCAAAUUAUACAACGUCGACUCCCGCUGGUCGGUUCUCACAAUCCCAAACUCUGAACCCAAAACUUUGCAUGCAAACUUCUUCCUGGCCAAAAAAGAAACUCCCAAAAAAGUACCCCCGCCGGGUGUGUUCCAGUUUUGUGUCACACGAAAAAAAGAGAAACCAUUCGAAAACUGUCAACUGUCCAGGGUCACGAAGGAGUGCAAAAAAACGCCCGAUGAUAUACUGCCGGCCCAAAAGCCCUGGCAAAAAGUGGCCUAUUUUAAAUGUUCCGGAAUAAUUUUCUAAUUAUUUUAGAACCCUGACAAGUUGGAGAAUGGCAAAAGACAUACACUUCUGAGUCAUGUCCUUGAGGUCGAUUUCCGAAGGGUUGUAAAAGACCCGGGGUCCUUCUUUCGAAGGUGGUUUAUGGUUUAUUUGCCCUCACUAUUUAUGGCCACAACUGGAGCGUACCGAAUCCCCGGGCACGGCUUCCUUGUGCCGUAAUGUUGGUUAGCACGAAGGAACCGGGCAAGGACGGGGAGGAUCGAUUUGCAAAUUUUAACUGUUUUUUGUGUCUUUCGAAAUUUGCAAACUGACCCUGAACGGUUCAGGGUCGAACGGGACGACAUUUUUGGGUGGCAAAAAAGUGAUUUAUUUGUGAGUCUUUCGGGGAAAAUUUGACCUAAAAUCGGUUCCAUUUCGUUGCAUCAUUUCCAGAACAUCUUGCCAAUCGAUACUCAGCAGAACAUUUCACAGUAGAAACAGUUGUAAAUAUUUCGAAAAUGCUCUGAAAACAUGUAAAAAGUUAGUCUCAUCGUUUAUCUAAUGAAAGGUGUAAUUAAAUUAUAAGAGUCGUUGUUGAACAUAAAAAAGUGUGCAAUUUUAGGUUAUGUCAUUCGUGAACAAAUCAAAAGAAAUGUGCAAUCAACUAAACAAUAUAAAAACAAAACCAGAUACAGAACUAUCUAUUGAAAUACCUUCUAAAAUAUUUUAAGUUUUUCAAACACCCUCGAAAAAGUCGACCUUUUAAAAUUCGCGAACAAACACUCAGCCGAAACACUGUUAAUCCAUAGUACAAAUUUUUACACUCUAAACGAAACAUACUGUAGCAAGCAAAAAGUAAAGAAAUCACUCAACAAUCGAUACCGAACUACCUCACAAAAUUAAAUAAAGAAAAAAAAAAAAACUCGUGAAACCAAACAAAAUCACACCGGCAAGACUGAAACACUUGAACGUUUUGCACGAGUAGAGAAAAUUACAACAACAAACAAGCUCCGUCAAUACUUUCUCCAGUAACACGAAAAAAAAACAUGGCGUACAAGGCCAAAACCGCGGACAAGCCGAAAAAAGUGUAUAAUUUAAUUAAGUAGGAGGAGAAAUUCUGCAAGUCCGCAAAAAAAAACACAACCGCAAAACUAGCCAAGACAACACGAAAAAAGAUCAUAAGUAAAAAAACACGAGUGUAAAAAAAGUAAGCAAAUCUUGUUACCUGAAACCACCGCCGGCUUUAUCCUUCCAUUACUCAUUCUGCGUAGGGACAAAGGUUCAUCGCGGUGUAGGUGUGCGUGGGGUUAAGGGAUGGAUUGGGGGCCAAUGGGAUGUUCAAAUAUUAAAAUUUACUCUAAGUUGUGUAAAACUUUGAAAAAAUUGACGUGGGUUUGUUUAGUACAAGAAGUUUGAUUAUUACAAUGAAAUCACUCUACACACCUAAAGGUGGCAGUGAUUUCAAUGAUAGUCAAAUUGACUGGGUGACAGGUUGACAGAUUGACAGAUUACUUACCUUGGCUUAAAGCCGGAACACUGAAAUUUGUACUUACCCCUAGCAAUUGACUAUUGACUACUACCUUUUAUACCUUCCUAUUGAAGUCCGUAAUAGAAGUAACAUCUCAAAAAUAACUCGACAAAAUCAUUUGAACAUCCCUCGCCACCAGGUUCCUUCGAUAGGGUUUCCCCAGCGAAAGGAUAAAUAAGUCAACCUAAGCCGAGGAAACCCCACAAAGUCCGCUUCACCAACCACAAACUGUCACCCAACAACAACAACGUCCAGAACUGCGCACAUGACGGCCGGCGACCGUGGCGGCCAUUUAAUUUUAAUGACACGCUUUCCAAAGGCUUCCGCCACAUCCGCCACCCGUUCCUUCAACCCCUUAUUCUUCCCCCUUUCCACGUGGAUCCGCACUCUCUCUGUUAUAUUUCACCCACUUUUACACCGAAACAAAAAAAACUGCUUUGUUUACAAGUCGCGCGCGCGCGCCCUCUCACAAACACAAACUCAUUUGGCGAACGUGACAGGAGGGUUAAAAACAAAGCAAACCCCGAACGCGCCGCGUUAAUGAGAUUAAUGUGUGUUUGCGUAAACAAACAGAAUGGGGGGAGCGCCUUUCACCAAUACAGGGAAAGGGAGCGAGUUUUGAGAGAAAUUUUGGGAGAGUAAAGGGAAAAUCGCAGAAAAAAGGGAUACCUUGUCCCCCCGUUUGCCCCACGCACACUUUCACCGGUACCAAUACAUAGAGAGAAAAAUAACACUUCUUAGUUGAUUUCACCAAUUCACACGAAGCAUAGGAAUUCACGAAACUCGCAUAUUUAUAUAGUCUAAUGAAAGAAGAAGGAAGAAUCUCGCUGAGAAAGAGAACAAUCGCUGAGAGUUUCCUUGCAAAAAAGAGCAACUCGACCAGAAGAACUCUUUCGCUCCUUCUUAGGACACUUGUUAUUAUUAUGAUUAUUAUUAUUAUUAUUGCUACUCCGAAUGUUGGUUGUUUCUCACGUCAUCUCCCCCCUUUUCACGCUGGCUACUUUGAUUGUGAAUCCCCUAAAGUCUUCUUCGUUGGCCGCGUCUCUUCUUCCGUCAUCUGCACGUGGUUGCUUCGAUUUACAGAAGCGUUUAGUUGUGUUGGUGAACUUGCCUACCCCGAUCACGUAGCCGCUAAUGAAAAGUAAAUACCGUCGACGCACAGCCACACACAGCCUACUACAAAGAAGACGGGAAGAAUGUUUUUGCUAGACGACGGCGCCUGGUUGUAUGCAAAUCAGCGCAGCGCACCCCCUCUAGGUAUAAUUUUAGGCGCAAAAAAUAAUAAAAAGAGUUUUCUUCAAAGUUUUCCCCCGCUUUCCUUCGUUUCUUUUUUUUUUCAGGGGUUUCCUCGUCCCUGGGGAGGCAUUUAUAAGGUUUUAAGUCUCCCGAGGCAAAGUAAGACGAAGAAAUGAAGGGGUUUUUAUGUAAAACGGCUUGACUGUGUGUGUAGCGCUCAGAAAGGAAAUGAAUCUUUACGAGUCAUUAUAAAGGAAGCGGAAGUGGACGCGGCACGCGGGGUAAAACAACCAAACGAAGAAAAAGAGGAAGAACAAGUCGUUGAACAAAAAAUCGAUAAUUGAUUGAUUAUAUCAUUAUAAGCGUAGCAGAAUAGAUUAUCCGUUAAUGUUUGGAACGACCCAUCAGCCAGUCAAGACGAACGAAGAAGGUAAUUAAAUUCAAUUGAAUUUCAAUCCAAUUUACGUGUACAUAAAGGAAACGGGAAGUAACGGAUGGAGAAAAAAAAAGUUUUCCUUUAUAAAAACCGGACGACGAUUAGGUGUAAUAUUUAUUGUUCUCUACAUAUUUGCUCGUCCCUUCGGCAAACGACACCCGUUGAAUAAUGAAUCGAACAAUUAAUCUGAAACUGAGCUAGGGAGUUUAAAAAAAUCGUGCAGGAAAAAAACCCAAAAACCACAUAUAUUAAUUGAUAACUAGGUGUAAUUGACCCCACUCCCCGCCCCCCGAAUCACAACCACCUGGUGAGAUGAUACGACAAAGUAAUUAUAAGAAACUAAAGAAAGCCACAAAAAACUGAGAAAAAAUGAGAAACUAUUGUAAACCAAUUAUUAUACUAUUAUGUACUUGAUUAGUGUAGUUGGUAAUUGAGGCUCCCUCCUGGAAAGAAUGAAAAAAAAAUGGGACGGGAUGAAGAAUGAAUGGAAGUUAAAUAAGUAUCAAAGAAUAAUUAAAAAUAAAGCCAAAAGUUCAAAUAUUGAAACUAA